AUGGCGCAUUGUGUAAUUGUGCUUCGAUCUGUCAUUAGUUCUUUUAAGCUUUUCUUUGCCAGAUCAAGAAAACUAAAAUCACUCAAUAUUGCAUAUUGCAAUGAUAUGGUUCCUGAAGCCUUAAUUGAAGUAGUUCAAAAGCUCCCAUUGUUAGAAGAGUUGAGUUUGACAAACACUAAAUUGACAACAGAUGGAAUUGAGGCGCUUGGACGCUUUUGCCCACGCUUGAAGUUGUUUGAAUUGAAUAGCUCACAUUAUCAGAGACAACAUAUGGACUUUGAUGAUUCUAAUGAAAGAGAUAUUAUAAAUAAUAGUAACGCUCUAGCUAUUGCCAAAAACUUUCCUGCCUUGCACCACCUUUGA